UUUAUCGUGCAUUUCCAAUUAACGUUGAUUGUUUUCUUUACUUUACCGAAAAAUGGUUUCCCCGUACUUGUUAAUAAUCUCCUUUUGGCUUAUCUGGGUGCUGUUUAAGAGAUGGCAAUUGAGACGAAUUAUAAAUCAUUCUAAAGUAAUAGGCAGCAGAUAUCCCGCACUGCCGCUUAUAGGUCAUGGAUACUUGUUCGCAGGGAACGGGGAAGUUCGAAUGAAUGCUUUCAAAAAAUUUGGCGUCGAGGCUACAAAACACAACGGAAUGACAAGCUUGUGGUUAGGUUAUGACUACUAUACAGUUAUUUCGGAUCCUGUGAUAGCUGAGGUGAUUAUGAAGUCUUGCCUGGAGAAGGGCUACCUCAUGCAAGUGUUCAGCCAUCUCCUCGGCAAUGGCAGCGUCAUCGCCCCUGUUAACAUCUGGCGCCCUCGUCGCAAAGUGGUAACUCCAAACUUCUCGAUGAAGAAUCUGCAAGCUUUUGUAAAGGUAUUUUCGCGGCAGAGCGAGAUAUUGGCUGAUUGUUUAGCCUCGGUCGCCGAUAAGAAUACGUUCUCGAUAUGGAAAUAUUUUACAACUUAUAGUAUGGAUUCUGUUUGCGAAACGACUCUAGGCAUCGAAGUGCAUGCGCAAGGGUUGUCACACUGUCCGUUCCUGUGGGCGUUCGAGCAGUACUGCCGGCUGACGGCGGCGCGCAUGUGCCAGCCCUGGCUGUGGGCGCGCGUCCUCUACCGCUGGAUGCCGCAGCACGCCACGCUGCGAGCACACAGGGACUAUAUAAGGACUUACGUUGAUAAAAUUAUUAAAAUGAAAAGUGAAGAACGAAAAUGUGAGGAGUUAUCUAAUGGAAAUGAGAGAGACAAGUCGCUGCUGGAGCUGCUGCUGACGUCGUCUCUCUCGGAACUGGAGGUGCGCGAAGAGUGCCUGGUGCUGGUGUUGGCGGGCUCCGACACGUCCGCUGUGGGCGCCUCCUUCACCGCUUGUCUGCUCUCUCACUACCCACACGUGCAGGACAAAGUCUAUGACGAGUUGUACGCAGUGUUCAAAGACUCGCAGAGACCUGUCGAGGCGGCUGAUCUGCCGAAGCUCAAGUAUCUGGAGGCCGUCAUCAAGGAGUCUAUGCGGCUGUACCCACCCGCUGCUGUCAUAGCAAGGAAAUUAGACAAAGAUAUUGUUUUGCCUUCAGGCGUAACGUUGGUGGAGGGUUCCGGCGCGCUGAUCAACAUCUGGGCGAUGCACCGCAACCCUCGGUACUGGGGCCAGGACGCCGAGCUGUUCCUGCCCGACCGCUUCCUGCCCGCCACCCCAGCCUCGCCCGACUCAAACUCGCCGCCGCAGCGACACGCCGCCUAUAUGCCCUUCAGCUACGGACCGAGGAAUUGCAUAGGAUAUCAAUACGGUAUGAUGUCUAUGAAAACGGCACUGGCGGCCGUCGUGCGGCGCUACCGCUUGCUGCCCGCCGCGUGCCCCCCGCACCCCCUGCGCGUCAAGUACGACAUCAUGAUGCGCGACGUAGACAACUAUAUGCUCCGCUUGGAACCUCGCUCCUAAACACCUCAAUAUUGUUAUUUUGUUCAUGCGUCAUUUUAUCGCGCGUUAAAUUUUAGGGCCACGUUACCUGCUGCAGCUAUAACAUACAAGAUCCUAAAUAUAAAAAUAACGAAUAAAACAUA